AUGACUUACUGGUUGACUGCGGCUGGUAGCCAGAUCAACGUCUUCAAUGAUAUGACCAGCUAUUUCUAUGCUCAAUUUCAUACUGGUGACCCCAAAACUACUCAUGGUAUUAUUGUUGCUAAAGAAGAAUAUGAAUCUUAUGUCGAUGAAGCUGUCAAAACAUGGAGUAUGGGGAAAAGUUAUGAUUUCUACACUAGCACCCAAUCUAAUGGCAAUAUCAGCAUCUGCCAACGACUAGAGGAAGAAGCUUAUGCCCUGGCUAACUCAGCCGAUUUUGGUGAAUGUAUCUCGAUUUUCUAUGAUUCGUCAAAGACUCUUGAGGAACAGACUGGUUUGACAGAUGAUCUGCUGUACGUCUACAAUAAUGGCACGGUUUCCUUUAAUGACGGCAACACAGUUUGCGUAUCUAUUGGUACUGAAAGCCUAUAG